AUGGAAGAACAUCAAGCUGGGACAGCUUCAGGAUUACAAAAAUUAGCCUUUUCAACACAGGAGUUGACUUCAGAAUGCGCCGCUUUCUCGGCUGACAGCUCAGCAGAUCACGGAGGGGAUGGUUGUCUCCCUGAAGCCCAAAGCUCGCUGUCAGAGCCAGAUGAGGGCAUGCACAAGCUGAAGAAGAGUUUUGUUUUUGUCAGUCAAAACAACACUGAAUUCUUGGAAGCUGUGUGCGUACAGGAGCCUGAACAAGUGUCAGUCAUUCCUGGUGAAGCGCACCUGGACUCAAACCAGCUGGCCACAGCUCAGCUUCGUGAAGCAGGUAUUGUCUCAACAUUGCCUAUGUCAAAUGACAACUGCUCUGAUAGCAUUUCACUUCCUGUUCCUGUCGCAGAAGGCCAUUCAGACCAGGUGGUCAUGAAUCAUGCAGGUCAGACAGUGGACUCUAACUCGGGCUGUGGAAAACCAGACUUUGAAAGCUUAGAGCCAAUCUCAAAUGGCCAUGUCUUUAGGCCUCCAGAUCCUACCCCCGCUGUCCCCACAGCUGGUCCUGAUUCCUGCUGGAGAGUUCUGGAUCUCCCACGCAUCGUGAAGCACAAACCAAGCUCCAUCACCUUCUCACACGACGCCUGUCCCCUCACAGCCCACGGCCAUGCAUUUAUCAAUGAGAGCUCUGACGAUGGCAAGUCUUCACAGGGGGACGAGAAGGAGGAUGACGAUCACGACGAUGGUGAUGAUGAUGAUGAUGAUGACGACGACGAUGUUUUCCCAGAGCUGCCUCAGAGCAGAGAGCUCCUUGUCAAUCACAGACAAAGGAGCAAAGACAAGCAGAAGAGGAGAAGUGCUGUGAGUGCCCGAGAAGAAAUCGAUCACGUGGCCAGGAACUGUGGUUAUGAAGCGGAGGGGGAAAGCAGCAGUAAGGAGGAAUCCCUGCAGGUCAAGUCUCCCUGGUCAGUGUCCAUGAGCCAGCUGAUGAGGAAACUGGACCAGCUUAAUCAAGACAUAGAGGAGGCCCUGAGUGCGAGCUCCUCCCCCUCCAACACACCCAGCACCACCCGCAAGAAACAGUGGGGCUCUCUUUCGAAGUCCACGUUAAACCAGCCGAACGACCAGGAUCUCCAAAGACCGGACGGAGGGGAAUGUCUGAGCCAUGACAGGUCUUCUUCGCCUCGCAGUGCCUCAAGAGCAGUGACCAAGAAGACGAUGUUCAAUAAGAGGACCACUGCAGCAGGGGCAGAAAUUGAGGCGAAAGAGGCGUGUGACUGGCUGCGGGCAGCAGGAUUUCCCCAGUAUGCUCAGCUCUUUGAAGAUUCCCAGUUCCCGAUUGACAUCACUCCUGUGAAGAGAGACCAUGACUUCCUGGACAAAGAUCUCGUGGAACCGCUUUGCAGGCGACUCAACACCUUGAACAAGUGUGCGUCUAUGAAACUGGAUGUGAACCUUCCAAAGAAGAAAAGUGAAGACUCUGAUGAAGAAGACCUGUUUGCUAUCAGUGACAAAUGGACCUUUGAGUGGAGCAGCAGGCGUUGGUCCAGGUUACAGGACAUUGACUGUCUGCUGGGAAAUCACGGGGAGGGUCAGCCCUCCAGGGACGGCGUGCCUCUGAGAACCACCACCAGCAGUGAGAGUGUUUUGACGGACCUCAGCGAGCCGGAGGUCUCUUCUCUGCACAGCGAGAGCAGCGCCGGCAGCGGUCACAGGGGCCUCAGCACGGAGGACUCAGACUGCUCCAACCGCACCUGCUCGGAUUCUGCAGCAAUGCCAGACUCGACUUCUCUCACGAUGCCUCACAUCCCCAAAGAAAUUACUCACUAUGGCUCACUACCCGAUAAGCACGGCAAGGCGAGCCGCAUCCGCGCCAAAGACUUCCUGAAGCGCAUGGAGACACUGCGCUCCAGAGGAACUCUGGGAAGGGCUCGUAAGACAUUGGUCAUCAGCGCUCCGGUGCUGCAGCAGGAGGCCCAGGCACUGAAGACGCUGCAGUGUGUUGAGAUCAUAAAUGGAGAUGGUGGAACUCCAGAAACACUGUCCAACAAAAUUCUGCCGUCCCAGUCCAGUAGUGAGGGUAGCAGCCAUUCUAGUGGCAGCGCUGUCAGCACACCCAGUCUGAAGGAGCGUAAGCCUCACCGGGCGGACUACAAGCGCAGUGGCAUGUAUUUGGAGGACAUAGACAUCUUCUCGGGCACCCAAGAGAAUAAAGUUGCAGAAGAAAACCGCAGGAAUGAAUUCUGCUCCUAUGAAGACCUGGUGGUCCACAUUCCCAAAGACCACAAGCCAGGAACCUUCCCCAAAGCACUGUCCAUAGAGAGCCUGUCCCCAACCAAUGGGGCCUCCAUCAACUGGCACACAGGCAGCAUGCACCUGGACUCCCCACUGAUUACAUGCAGGAAUGACUCCAGGCCUGUCACCCAGUGCUGCUCCAGAGGCAGCCGCAUCAGCGUGUACGAUAAUGUUCCUGGCUCGCAUCUAUACGCCAGCACAGGAGACCUAAUAGACCUGGAGAAAGAGGACCUGUUCCCUCACCUGGACGAUAUCUUGCUGCAUGUCAAUGGUCUGCAACAGAUAGUGGACCACUGGUCCAAGAAUGUGUUACCCAUUGGAGAAGGGCUGGCGAAGGUGGAUGGCGAGAGGGAAGAUAUUGGAGGCCUCCAGUCCUCUAGCCAAAUCACAUUAGACUUUGAGGGAAACUCUGUCACAGAAAGCCAGACACCACUGAGUUACGGGGACAGAGACAGAGUAUCACUUGCUGAGACAGAAUCUGCAAGGCUCAGGGAAAGGAGGGACUCAGGAGUAGGCGCUUCACUCACAAGACCUAAUCGGUUACGAUGGCCCAGCUUUCAGAUAUCAAAUCGUCUAAGUCACUCAGUGGCAUCCCUGCAGAUUACCAACCAGUCUGCAGGCCAGCUGAGUUUGUUGCAGAAGUUUUCCCUCCUGCGCCUUACUGCAGUCAUGGAGAAGUACUCAAUGUCCAACAAGCAUGGCUGGACUUGGUCCGUCCCAAAGUUCAUGAAGAGAAUGAAGGUACCAGACUAUAAGGAUAAGAAUGUGUUCGGAGUGCCUCUCAUUGUGCAUGUGCAGCGUUCUGGACAACCGCUGCCCCUCGGCCUGCAGCAGGCCCUGCGGUACCUGAGGAGCCAGUGUCUUGACCAGGUGGGUCUCUUUCGUAAGUCAGGGGUGAAGUCUCGGAUUCAAGCUCUAAGGCAUAUGAAUGAGAGCUCUCCAGACAAUGUGAACUAUGAGGAUCAGUCUGCCUAUGAUGUGGCCGACAUGGUGAAGCAGUUCUUCAGGGAUCUGCCUGAGCCUCUGCUCACCAGCAAGCUUGGGGAGACCUUCCUCCAUAUCUACCAAUAUGUGCCGAAGGACCAAAGGUUGCAAGCUGUCCAGGCAGCCAUCAUGUUGAUGUCAGAUGAAAACCGAGAGGUGCUGCAGACACUGCUCUGUUUCCUCAGUGAUGUCACUUCCUCUGUGGAGGAGAACCAGAUGACACCCAUGAACAUUGCUGUGUGCCUGGCCCCCUCCCUUUUUCAUCUCAACAUAUUGAAGAAAGACAAUCUCUCACCAAAGGCCAUGCAGAAGAAGUAUGCCACAGGCAGACCCGACCAGAAGGAUCUGAAUGAAAACUUAGCAGCAACACAGGGCCUCGCUCAUAUGAUCAUAGAGUGCAACCGUCUCUUUGAGAUCCCUCAUGAGAUGGUUACUCAGUCGCGUAAUUCAUAUGUGGAGGCUGACUUGCAUGCACCAACAAUUGGCGAGUUGUGCAAGCAGCUGGAGGAUGAUGAUGGAACGUACCAAACUCAUAUGGAGGGGAGACUUCAGAACCUGCUUAAAGAGGCCCGGGAAAAGUCCAAAUACUGGAUGUCCUGCAGCAGCUCUGAUAACACAGAGCUCUACUAUAAGAAGGUGGGAGAUGGGAACCCUUUGAGACGAUGGAGAGUGUCUGUGGAGGUUGAAGCGCCACCAUCUGUAGUGUUGAACCGUGUGCUGCGAGAGCGCCACCUGUGGGAUGUGGACCUGCUGCAGUGGAAAGUGUGUGAAACACUGGACAAGCAGACGGAGGUGUUUCAGUAUGUCCUCAAUCGCAUGCCCCCACAUCCCAGCAGGGACUUUGUGGUUCUCAGGUCAUGGAGGACAGACUUGCCCAAAGGGGCCUGCUCCCUGGUUUCUGUGUCUAUAGAGCAUGAGGACUGUCCUCCUGUUGGAGGUGUACGAGCUAUAGUCCUGGAGUCCAACUACCUGCUAGAGCCAUGCGGCUCAGGAAAGUCCAGACUAACUCACAUCUGCAGAGUGGACUUGAAGGGAAGGACUCCAGAUUGGUAUAACAAAGCCUUUGGUCACCUUUGUGCUGCAGAAGCUGCCCGGAUCCGCAACUCCUUUCAGCCACUAAUCACAGACGGCCCAGAGACCAAAAUCUGAAACGCUUUGCUAGUUGUGUCUGCUCAGCCUUGAGAUCAAGAUUGAGCCUUUGAGUCAUUGCUAACAGGCGGACACAACAUGUAAACAGGACCCCAGAACUAAAGCACAGUUUAUUCUGUUUUUUUUCCCCAGACUAGAAAUAAUUUUGAGCUCCUCUGUACUUGCACAAUGACAAAAGAGGACAUGUUACAGGUGCUGAGCAUACAGUAAUUACUCAACAGGAAAUUAAUCAUCCUGCCAAUGUCCUUAGCAUUAGGAGUUUAUUUACCAUCAUGUUGCUAAACCUGUAUAUUCUGAUAAUUAUUAUCUUUAUUAAUGGUAUUGUAUUACUGUUGCUUCAAUCUACAAUGUCUAGGACAUUCAAGCUCUUAAACGCUUCUGGGAAGCAUGUAUAUGUUAUUCAUUUCAGAUUUAAAGCUAUAAUGUAGACUCAAGUGUCUGUAUAUAUGUGUGUGAAUAUACUGUACAUGCAAACGAGAUGUAUAUACUGUAUAUAUUUGAAGGGAUAAAUAAUACAUAUGUUAAUAUCCUAUAUAUUGAUUAUUUCACUGUGUUAUCUUUCCUGUAAAACACAUGGUACAAAAUCGUAAGCUGGUUUUACUUGUUUCAGUAUUGUCAUUUUGGAAUGGGUGUAAUUUUAUUAAACUUUGACCUCCUAUGGUUGUGAAAAGAAUGACUUAAGGUUUGACUUGAUUAAACCUGCUUAAGGGUACUGGAUUGUGCAGUCAAGUACAACAGACAUCAUUUUUUAAAUAAAACUAUCAAAAU